GAGCUUAAUUUUCUUGUUGCAAGUAAUAAAAACUUGGAAUCAUUAUAUCUUAAUGACACAGAAUGGAAUGAUAUCGAUUCAAUAAUUGAAUUAUUGGAACCAAUGUUUAAAGCAACAAAAAUAUUAUCAUCAUCCACUUAUCCAACCAUUAGUGAUAUUCGUUUAACAUUCAAAGGACUCUUACAACAUAUCGAAAAUUAUAUGAAUAAUCAUACAGAAAAAGAAUGCAUGAUGGCUGAAUCUAUUCGCAAAAAACUUGCUGAUUAUUGGAAUCUUUUUGAUGAUCCUACAACAAUUUCUACUAUACUGGAUUCACGCUCAAAAUUACUUUUACAACUGAAGAAGAAAGCAACAUAG